AUGGCUACAACAGCGACAGCGGGAAACGGGAAAUCCGUGCUACCAGCCCCGAAGCCCCUGGAUACGUCGCAAGAUAUUUGGGUGGCAUGGAAACUUUGGGCGAGUGAGUACAAGCUCUACGCGACUGCGACCGGGCUCGCAACGAAGCCUAAAGAAAUUCAAGCGGCAACGUUUUUGGUCGUAAUCGGCGAAGAGGGACGGAGGAUCUUCCGCACGUUCAAUUUCGAAACAGAAGAGGAUCGCGACGACGUAGACAAGCUCUUCAAAACAUUUGAGGAGCACUGCAAGCCCGUCAUUAACCUUGCGUACCACGACUUCGUUUUCGGCACAAGAGACCAAAAGUCGGGAGAACGCUUCGAUGAAUUGCUGACGAAGCUUCGUACGCUCAUCCGGAACUGCGAGUACGGGCAGCUCGAGGAGAGGAUGUUGAAAAGCCGCAUCAUCCUAGGCAUAAAGGACAAGCGGUUGCAAAGCCAUCUGAUCAACGAGCACCCCGAUUUCUGCAAGCUCGUGGAAAUUUGUCGCACGCGAGAGAAAAUCAAGGAGCAGGUAGAAGAGAUACGGAAAACGACCCAAGUAGGCCGCGGUAACGCCGACAAGCGCCAGGACAGCACUGAAGACAUCAACUUCGUACAGAAGGACAAAGCGUGCGCGAAGUGCGGUUACGCGUACCACAAGAACCAAGCAUUCUCCGCAAAAGGCAAGAAAUGCAAGCAGUGCGACAAACUCAACCAUUUCGGGAGCGUCUGCCGAUCAAAGAAGCCGAACAAGAGAGGCGCCGGACAGGUGAAAACCUGGAAAGUUGACAGCCUGGAAUCUGAAGAAAGUUGCUCUCUGCUUGCCGUCUCGUCGAGCUACACGCACAUAGGUGGAGUUUGGAAAGCCGAGAUCAAUGUUGAAGGCAAGCCAGUGGUGUGCAACUUGGAUACAGGAGCAAACUGUUCAGUGAUUUCCCUCAAGCAACUGAAGGCGUUAACACACAAGGAAUUGGAGCAAAGGAACGCACUACUGAACACAUUUUUCGGCCAGAAAAAAAAAAAGCAACCGUAA